UCCGACUGGUGUUGGAGUUGUCCAUCUGCUUCCUCCACUCGCAUCAGCAAGUGAAUGCGCCGCACCAGUUACCAGACUAUUCACAACCCACCUUCCUCCAAGCUUACGCCUUCGCCGUUCUCAUCAACUUCUGCCUCAGCGAUACCGCCAUCUGCCUCACACGCGCCUCUCCCCCUGAUCGCAACAUCACCCAAGACAUCCUGACGUCGUUGCCCUCUACGUCUCCCGCCGACGGUCGCAUACGCAACUGCGCUGGCAUGAUCACAUUCACGGCAAUAGCAAAGUGAAGAGGUUGGGCGCGCCAUCAUGGCCCCCUCCCUCGAAGAGGUGGUGGCGGCAGAGGGGCCAGCUCCAGUAUCAGAGGAAACGGAGCUCAGUAUCUUGAAGCAGAAGGUGGACUUGGACAUCGAUUUCGCCGCUCGAUCAGUGAAGGGCAGUACGGAGAUUACCAUCCUGCCGUUGAUCAACGACGUGAAAGUUGUCAAACUGCACUGCCGGCAAUGCAGCGUCACGUCCAUCGAAGUGGGAGGCAUCCGGGCCAAGUGGGAGUACACCGAUCCGUACCAACGACUCCAGAUGCCAUAUCAGUCAACGGUGCAUCAACAUGGCCUGCUGAAAGACAAGAUUGCGCAGUCUCUCCGGCCCACUCCAGCACCCGAACUCACGGUUACUCUUCCGGCGAAACUCAUCAAAGAGCUACAAGCUCAGCCACUUCAGGCAGGAAAUGGCGAGAAACUUGACGUCGCAUCCGGGGCCCCUCUGCUUGCCCCGAUCAAAAUCACCAUCGAGUUCGGCGUGCAUACAUUCCGCGACGGCUUGCAAUGGAUUGGGUGUGCGGAGGGUGAUCGACGAUACCCAUACAUGUACACCAAGGCCGAGCUGCUACCAGGGAAUACCUCUUGUAUCUUUCCGUGUAUUGACGACGCGACCACUCGUUGCAGCUGGGAAAUCUCCAUCAGGACUCCACGUACCCUCGGAGAUGCCUUCAGGCUGCCAAAGCACCCGGAAAGCAACCAAGCUCAUGCAAAUGGUACGAGUGCAACGAGCGCGACCGGGGCUGCGAAUGCGGCGAACGGUACCGGGGUCAGCAGCCACGCUUCUGACCACUACCUCGUCGACCUCGCGGAGGAUGAGGCGGCGCUUGAACUGACAGUGGUCUGCGUUGGAGACUUAGUCGACGAUGUGGUGGACUCCGACGAUGAUACCCGACACACAGUCUCGUUCAAUCUCGCUCAACCCGUGGCCGCCAGACACAUCGGGUUCGCCAUCGGCCCGUUCGAACAUGUUGAUCUGUCCGCCGCACGCGAAUCCGAGGAAGAGGAGAGACUGGGACAAACUGCAAUCAAGGUCGAAGGAUUCUGCUUACCAGGCCAAAGCAAGGAACUCCUCAACACUUCCUACACAAUCGCGUGGGCAGUCGACAACAUGGCGAUCAAGUAUGGAUCAUUCCCGUUCACCACUUACCAAAUGCUCUUCGUGGAUGAUCUGGUCCCCGAUACAAUGGCCACCGCCGGUCUGUCCUUCUGCAGCGCUCGUCUUCUCUUUCCCAAGACGAUCAUCGAGCCCAUCUACCGCAAUACUCGCAUCCUGAUCCGGGCGCUGGCUGAUCAAUGGAUGGGCGUCAAUGUCAUCGCCAAAGAAGCGGCAGACCAUUGGGUCGUCGCUGGCAUCGCAGGCUUUAUGACAGACGCCUACAUGAAAGACCUCUGCGGUAACAACGAGUUUCGCUGGCAACAGAAGCUUGCCGCCGAAAAGGUCUACGAGCUGGACGUCGAUCGGCCAUCAAUGGUCACUCUUGGCCAGCUGUAUCAUCUCGAUCACACCAUCCGCGAGUUUGUGAAUGUCAAGUCUGCGUUGGUGCUCUUCAUUCUGGAUCGACGAUUGAUGAAGACGACCGGACAGACUGGUGUGCAGCGUAUCAUCAACAAAAUCUUUCUCAACGCCAGGACGGGUGCGUUGAAUAACGGCGAACUGUCCACGCUGGAUUUCCAGCGGACUUGCGAGAGACUGGGCCAUCACAAGCUCGAAUCAUUCUUCCGCCAAUGGGUCUUUCAAAGUGGCUGUCCCAUCUUUUAUGCCACCCAGCGCUUCAACAAGAAGAAGCUGGUAGUGGAGAUGUCGAUUGUGCAAAAGCAGCUCGAGCGUGUGACCAAGCCGCCUUUCGAACCCAGCAACUUCAUGAGAGAGGUGAAGGAACACGUCAACGAUGUGUGGGCGCCUGAGACUAACCCUGUGUUCACCGGCCCCAUGACUAUUAGGAUUCACGAAGCGGACGGCACGCCUUACGAGCACAUAGUGGAGAUCAAGGAAGCCGUCACCAAGCUCGAAAUCCCUUACAACACCAAGUACAAGCGACUCAAGCGUUCCAGGCGACAAAAGGAGCGCCAAAUGGCCGAAGGUGUCAACGUCGAGGGUGGCGAGGAUGCCCUGCUCUUCUGCCUGGGCGACAAAUACCAGACCGAAGAGGAGAAGAACGAGUGGAAUCUGGUUGACUGGACGGAAGAGGACGAGGAGAAGAUGGGACAGGAGAGCUAUGAGUGGAUCCGGAUGGACGCCGAUUUCGAAUGGAUCGGCAAGAUUCAUCUUGUCAUGCCAUUGUACAUGUACGUCUCUCAACUCCAGCAGGACCGCGACAUCGUGGCGCAGUACGAGUCCAUGAGAUAUCUUCUGGGCUCUAAUCCGCACCACGUCAGCCUCUCCAUCCUCGUGAGGACCCUGAUGGACGACAAGUACUUCUGGGGCAUCCGCGAAAUGGCUGCCGAGGGCCUUGCCAUCUGCGCCAAGGAUCGAUGGAGAGAGAUUGGUCAGUUCCACCUCAUGAAGGCCUUCCGGGAGCUGUUUUGCAUUGCUGGUACAAAUAUGCCCAAGUCAAACUUCUUCUCGGACCGCCGCAACUUCAUCAUCCAGUGUGCAAUCCCGAAGGCCAUGGCUCAGCUGAGGGACGAGGACGGUAAAGUCCCGCUGGAAAUCAGACGAUUCUUCGUUGAUCUGCUCAAGUUCAACGACAACUCGAACAACACCAUACACGAUGAUGACAACGAGAGCGCAAUCAUCUCCGACAGCCACUAUAUCGCGACGCUGAUGACUUGUCUAUCGGACUCUCUGAUUGCCUCGCAUCGAGAGGUGCAACCGACGUACAGCUUCAACUUCGACGAGGACGAGCCGAUGGAAGCCGAAGACCAUUCAGAUGUCGAGUUCCAGCACCUCGCCAUUGCGCAAAUCGAACGCCAUCGGCGAAUCGAUGAAUGGGAUCCGAGCUACCACAAUGUCUAUUCAGUCACUGCCCUCGGUUGUUUGCAAGAGCUCACCAAGGCGGGCAUCGUCAAGGACAAGACCAAGGAGCUGAUGCAGUACGUUCGCAGUGGCAAUGCGGAGAGCGUGCGCUUAGCAGCCUGGCGCUGCCUAUCGGAGAUUGGCGUCCUGCGCAAGAUGAGUGCUUUGAGCUAUCUGCUUCACUGUCUCGGCGCGGACAACUCCGCGUCGUUCCGAGAUGGCCUGCUCAUCGUUCUCGGCGAAGCUCUUGGUCACAUUGCGCUCGGAGAUCCCGAGCCUGUGAAGGCGCCGCCACAACCCAUGGCGGAUGCUGGACUGAUCAUCGAGCACGAGCCCAGUGCCGAAGCCAAGAGGUUAGAAGCCACGCGGAAGACCACGCCGGAUGGUGCACUUGUGGCACUCAAAGCCACGCUUGAAAACGAGAGCAGUUUCAAAGAUGCGUUGUGGGAUGCUACUACCUCGACAGAUCUAUCGAUGGAGGAGGUGGCGGCUUUAUGUGAUAUCGCGGCUCUCGUGUAUGAGCCGGUCGAUUCGCACAUUGUCUCUUUGACACUGCCCCGGAUGUGGCGAUGCAAGAACAUGGGCCAGGGGCAAAUCAAAUUCAUCCCCCACGGCAAGUACAGAACCGAGCCGCGAAAGGGCUUGUCUCUGCCACAUUGGCAGAAAAUGCAGCAGCUCGAUCUGAAGUACGCCGGUCGUCUGUCCAAGGAAGUCCAUGACAAGCAGAAAGAAGACAUCCAACAACAGGCUCAAUUGAAGCUCAUGAUUGCGAAGAAGGAACAAGAACUCCAAGCGAAGAUUGCGGCCCAGGAAGCCGCGAUCCCAGCCGCAGCGCCUCCUCAGCUCCCUACACCGACGACGGAGAAGGCCCGGAUCAAGCUGAACUUCGGCGUAAAGCGAAAGCAGAGCAUGGAUCUUGACGCUCCUGGCGGGGCAGGCAGUCCCAAGGCGCCGAAGUUGUCGAGACAGCCAACGCCGACGGAAUCCGUUGCCUCGCCGAAUCGCAAGGGUAGCCCAGCUGGCAAUCGAAAACGAUCGACAACGCCAGCUGCACGAUCGGCUGCAGGCAAGCCAAAGGGCUCAAGGACAGUCAUCCUCCGCCUCGGCCGUAACGCAGCUGAGGCUCAGCGUAUCCUACUCUCCUCUCCUCGGCCUCAGAACGGUGCUACCAUUGUGCCACCAUCAAUUACGCAGCCCUCGCGAUCCAUCACGCCAACAGUGCCUCCUUCUUCUUCCUUCCCUGCCUUCCAGUCACCGACGAACAGCAUGAACUAUUUCGACACCCCGGUAGUAGCUGAUGCCGCGUCGAACCUUGGCUUGUUCAGAACUUACGGUCCCGCUCCUGUUGCUGAUGCGCCAGCUGCCGCGAUCAAAAGCGAGAGCGUUGAGACUGUGGAGACCCCGGUCGGCAUUCAGAACGACAUCCCCUCUACAGCCGACGUUGCUGAUGUCAAGAUGGAGGAGCCGUCCGCGGUGGAAAGCAAGCCGGCUAUGCCACCGCCUCCCAGGCCAAAGCUGACGUUGAAACUUGGGAGCCGGAAGUCGACGGGUGACGCUGGCUCACCGGCUUAAAGGGAGGGACUGGAGCAGCUUCCUUGGAUGUGUUGAUAGAGGGACGGGCGUUGUAGUAUUACCGUUCAAGCGAGGAGUUUUUUUGGAGCGAGUAUGGGCUCGGUUAGUAGCAUAGAGGGUGAUGAUGAGGGAAUCACGUCCGUC